AACAACAUGAGGAAUUUUGCUUGCUAAGCCUUCUGGGAAUGACUUAGUUUGAUUGACCCUAAGUAGGAAUUCAGAGGGGCAUUUUCUCUGUUGUCUAUAAAGAAGGGAUUUGCUGAGCAAACACAACUGCUGGGGUCCCCUUCUUUCGAGUCCAGUUAAAUACUUCAGGGGGCUCCAGUGACCUCCAGACAUCUGAAAUGUUGAUGUAAACUCAUCUUAACAGCCUAGUUUUCAUCAGUGUUUAUAUUUCAAAGUUAUACAGUUCUCUUUCUUGAGGACAGAUUCCAUAAUGUGUGGUUUCACUUGUUUCAACCCGCUCUCCUCUUACCCCCUUGGUCUCUACAGAGGACUGAGUUUUGCUGUAGGGGUUGGCCGCAGUGUUGGUUUACUGACAGAGAUAUAUAAACCAGGGCUCCCACAGCUGUUUCAGAUGAAACUGUAUAUUAAUGUGUAAACUUCCAAAAUACAGCUUAGCUGGAAUCGUACGCAGAACAGGUGACUGAGGAGAUCAGUUUCACUGCUUGGAUGAUGGUCAGUUUUGAAGGAGCCAGAGAUGCCUGUUGAAUUCUGGUGUCUGCGUGGUUCGGGAGGUGUGUGUGGAAGGCAGAGAAGUCUUCGCAUUUCCAAUAGUUAAGGAUAUGGGUGGUAAAGUGAGGUCAUAUUUUGACACCCUCACAUGCUGAGUAGGAGGAGCAGCCAAUUUCGGCACCCAUCUGUUAAUAUUAGUCUAUUACUCUUGGUUUAUUGGGUUUCAAACACUUGUUAGAGAUACUCAUGAAGAUGUAAAGGAUGAAUUUAAAAUCCACAUCCAUUGUACCUAAAGUCAACUGGAAGAAGAGAGGACUUGAAGUCCCUGCGGGGUUAAUACAAAUCAGCAGCCAAAGGAAUAGAGUCUUAGUCAACAUAUUUCUGUGUUCCCCCUAAACACAAAUAGCCUCAAACCAUUGGAGGUUGUCCUCUGAGAUGUUUCAUCAGUGACAUCACAGUGCUUGCCACCUCCCUCAGACUACUUUAGGUCCUGCCCAGAAUCCAGGACUCAGAGAGCCUGGGAGAGGAGCAGGAGUUGGAGCCCAAGUUGCAGAGAGAGAGAAGAAGCCUAUCACAGACACUUGUGUCCUUGACCUCCUCAGAUAUUUAAGUUCAUCAUCAAAGUGCAAGAAAUAGUAAGAGGUGAGGACAAGCAGGAGGUCUCUGGUACGCCCUCAGGAGUCUGCCUUCACUUCUCACCGAGCCAACUCUCAGGAUGGGGAUAUCCACUCGGGAGCUGUUCCUCAACUUCACCAUUGUGCUGAUUACCGUUAUUCUCAUGUGGCUCCUUGUGAGGUCCUAUCAGUACUGAGAAGCCAUGUUACGCUCCUGGGAUUGACUGCAUCUCUGCAGAGCUGCCUGCUGUGUGCCCUGAGCUCCCACUGCUGUCUCGGGAUGG